GAAGGCCAAGGCCACUGUCCGCAAUUGCACAGUAUCCAUAUAUACUAGAAUCAGAUCUUAUCUACUCUUUUCAACGACUUCUCUAUUAGAAGACAACCAUGCUCACAUGCGUGCUGUUUACUUUUAGCGAUGUUACUUCCCAGCCACUUGAAUUAUCAAUUGUCACGGGAACAAAGCAAAGCAAUCCCAGCCUUCACCACGCGUAAAUGAAAAGAUUCCUUCCCAGCCUCCAUAAACAAAUUGCAUGAGGUAUGUAUAAUAUGAUGCAUCUCAUUAUUCCAUGUAAGCCCUUCUAAUCUCAGACAAUAAACAAUUGUUCUCGAGUUCAUUCCUAUAUAUUUACAAAUUGAUGCAACCAUGCGUCUGAAUACUUCCACUUCCAAUAUUUUUGCGUUGUCCACGCUCUUUUUGCUAUCAUCAGGGCUCCCAGUGAUUCAAAAAGAUGUUAUUUCGGUGGAACAUGUAAAGAGGGCUACGUACUCGGUUGUCAAUGUUCAGGGAGAUUCUUCAACCUCCAUAAGUAGUGGAAAUGGGAAAGCAACUACUGUCAUAGAAACAGUCACCAAAACCGAGGAGCCGACAACAAAAACUGUGAUCGAGACCGGGUUGACUACAACUACAAAUCACGUUUUCUCAACUCAGACUGUGAAAGGUUCUGAUACAACCGAGACUACUUCAGUUACUGUUACACCAUCUCCGACCACAGUCAUUAGCGUCAGUUAUUCAGUUGUGGAUAUUUCUGCAGCGACUACUUCCAAAUCUUCAUCAAAAGAAGUCUCUACCUCUGCAAGCUCCUCUGCAAGCUCCACUCCUUCGGUAUCCUUAUCUAGUUCAUCAAGAACAGCAACGACUAGUUCGGCAAUUAUCACAUCUAGUGCGUCAGGAUCAUCAAAACCAUCUGAGUCAUUGACACAAUCGACUUCAUCCACAACAGCCACGACGUCAACUUCAACCACACAGUUGACCGCAUCGCCUUUGACUUCUUUCAGUGCUUCCGAAUCAUCCACUGCAGUCGAAUCUUCCUCGACGCUAUCUUCAGUGAUCCCCAGCGUCACCAGCUUGAUUACUUCCCAAGAAUCUAGUCCGACUCCAACUCUCGAAUCACAGUCAAGCACAUGCACCGACGAGACCUCAUCCGUUUCAUUCCCCACCACUACUCCAUCGUCUCCGUGGGUGCCUUCUUACACUGGAAUAUUGUCGAGUUGGCCUGCUAUUACAGCCCUCCCUUCAGCCACUACUACCUCCUACGAUAGUGGAAACUCGUUCACUAGCUAUCCUCUGUGGAAUUCCACGACUACUAUACCUACAAAGUGAGCAAGUUUUGACUCAUUACUCUGAAUGCUCGACCACCCCUUAGUUUUUGAGGGAUGUUACACCGCAAGGGGAAUUCUUGUGACAGAAGGUUCAUGUUGAAACCACGUUGCCUCCCUGGCAUUCGGCGAGUGAUGAAAUGAGAUUAGGCCGAAAACCAAGUUUGUGAUCCAAUCUAACAGCUCGGAAAAUGUGCUUGGUUUUGUAUUUAUGUAUACAUCUUGGGAUGGCAAGAUUUAUUUGGAGUUAAGGAAUUAUAUGGCGCCAAGAGCUGGCAAGCCUUUUAUAUUAAUGAUCACACGAGGGAUACGAAGAGAUACAGUAGUGCUAUAUAAGAUGUCGAGAUCCAAGGUACUCAAUAAUGAAGAUAAUUAAGAUUCA